UCCUGCUCUGGGACGCCGACGCGCGUCCCGCUGUGCCUUAAUUAACCGUCACGCUUUUCCGUAGCAUUGUUCGUUGCUUGCCCCGCUCGCUCUCUCGUCUUGUUUGUAGUACAGCCGGUGCCUUCUUCCCAUCUCCCUUUGCUUCUCGCGCGCGCUUUUCUUGUUGCUACCGUUUCAGCUCUCCGUUUUGUUCAGCUCGUGCACCAAUUGUUCGGCGAAAUGCCUGAACCAUGCUCUCCUCCAAUCUGGCUUCCACCCACCUCGUCAUCCUACGUCAUUUCUUCCUAGACACCGGUGCUCGUGCUUAUCCGCCUCCCCUCCUCUUGGUCUUCGACCCAAGAACCAGAAGGAGAGCUCGGGCGGAGGUCUUGACGUUGAAUCUCGUCUCGCCUUUGAAGAGCGGUUCGUCGCUGGGGAUACCCGAUAUCGGUAGGAGGAACCGUCGUACUGUUUGUGGAGUUUCUGGGUUUGUGAGGAGGUGCAAGAGGAACGAGGAAAGGGAAGGGGAUUGGGAUUUGGAGGGUGAGAUUUUUGAAUUCAUGAGGGAUUCUGGGAACCCCGACUUAUUUCCCACCAAGAAACAGCUGAUUAAUGCGGGGAGGAUGGACUUGGUCGAAGCUAUUCUGAGGCAAGGUGGAUGGCUUUCGUUGGGCUGGGAUUUGGAUGUCGAGGACGAAAGUAUGGUUCUGGAUGACUCUGACUUUCGGGAUGUUGGGUCUGUGAAAUCGGACGAUUUUGACUACGGGGUACUUCAAGAAAGGAUUAAUAUGAAUCAAGAGAGCUUGACUUCGGAGGCCAAUGACAGCACGGGGUUUUCUCCAUUUUCUUCUAAUUUCUCCGGUUCAGUUUCUUCGACUUGUGGAUCAACGGGAUGUUUAUCCGAGGAUAACUCUGGUAUAGAAGGCAUACUGAGUCGGUUGGAGAAAGAGAGAGAUAUGACAUUCGGUGUUGGAUUGAGAGGGAAGGGAAGUAAUGUUAGAGAUGAUUGGCUUGGCAGAACUCAAGCUGAAGAAACAGUUGCUAGAUGUGAAAGUAGCAGUGAAUCUACCUCAUUAAACUCCAAGGAUAUGAUCAAUGAGACAAGGAGAAAUUUCAGUCAACAGAGGAGUCCCUUGGAUGUUAAUAUUUCAACAAACUCACUUCAGCCAGAUACAUGGAGAACAUGGAGUUCUCAAAGGGUCGGAUGUGUAAAUCCAGAUUUUGAAGCUGCUGAUAUAGAUGUCACAGCAUAUGGAGUCAAUAAAGACAAGAAGUUCGAAAAAAGUGAUAUUCUUAAAUUGAGGGAGAUAGAUGGUGAUCUUUUGGGCAGACAGAAAGAUUCUAACUUUUCUGCUGGAGAAGGUAAUCACAAUUUCAUAAAGGAUCGGCUUCAGCACCUAGAGUUGGAGCUUUCAUCUGUACUUAGUUCCUUGCGAUCUAAAUCAACCAUGGAUGAGCAGGAGAAUCUCGAGAGCAUCUCUGAUGACCUGCAUAAACUUUCUGAUGCUUGGGAGUUUCAAGAAAAUGAGAUCAUGAAUGCCAAAGACAAAUUGCGUUCUAUGCGUGCAAAGUUAGCUGUUCUUGAAGGAAAGAUGUCUCUGGCGAUAAUAGAUGCUCACAAGAUUGCAGAAGAGAAACAGAGGAGGAUUGAUGAUGCUCGUAACGCUCUACGACUUCUUCGAACAGCUUGCAUAGUCUGGCCAAAUUUAGCCACAGAGGUGCUCUUAGCUGGGUCAUUUGAUGGUUGGGCCACCCAGAGACAGAUGGAGAAGUCAAGCACCGGAGUUUUCUCUGUUUGCCUCCAAUUGUAUCCUGGAAGAUAUGAGAUAAAGUUCAUAGUCGAUGGAGUAUGGAGGAUCGAUCCGUUGCGGCCAAUCGUUCAUAACAACGGAUAUGAGAAUAACGUGCUCAUUAUCACAUAGCUAUCCAAAAGAGAGAGAGAGCUGACAAACAUUUGCACGAGAAGAUUGUUCAUCUUUUGACCGAUGGAGGAUGAUUACAUAGAACUUUCUGCCCUUCUCUUUCACACAAUUGUAAAGUUAAGCCGGGUUUUUGAUAUAUAUGUUUUAACCACAUUGAUUGCCAUCUUAUUCUAAUGAAGGAAUUUCUACCUGUUUCUCUUGGAAAAGAAUGCUGAUACUUUUCACUCUUGUACCUCGUUCAAAUGUUACAGUCUCGGAAUGGAAGUUGGUCGAUGAUUAAUGAGCAAGUGUCAAAAAGUCGAGACGGCAAUAAACGAGUCUGAUGCUAACAUCUACAAGUACAACUCGGUACGUGGCCAAGCCAGCGUAACUUGAGCAAGAAAGAAAAAUGCCAAAAACCGAAUCUGUUUCCCUUGUCUCAUCAGUCAGAAUUGCAUUGUCUUUGUGGAGAUUUCUCUCCACGUCCUGUACAUUUGGAGGAUGAUUUCUAUAAUUUGGCAGACCGAUGAAACGGGUGCCUU